GCGGGGUGUGAUGUUGUCRCCGGCCRCCCCGUUUGUUGCCAUUCGCGUGCGCGCGUGAGGGUUGUCCGUUCGGGUGGUCAUCUACACGUGGUGCGUUUCAUGGCAGACAUCUUCCGGCGGCUACCGCUCCUGUUACUAGCAUCUCUUCUGCUGCUUCUUCUCGUCUUUUUGCGCGCCUUCGUCGUGACGCGGCCUCCUGGGCGUAGACAUAGACGACAAGUGGAUAGGAAGACGACGAUGGACAGGCAGGACAGCUCCGUCGGACAGCAGAGACGUGUGAUGGAUUUCUCCAUUCCUGAUUGUCCCCGGUCCGGCCAUCGACCCGCCGCAUACGACCCGUCCUUGUACAAUCAUCUUCCACCGCACGAACAGCUGCUACCGCCGGAUCCGGAGGACGCCUGGGUUGAGGAUCUGUCGCACACACUUCCUCUGGGGAGUGGAUCUACGCAGGAGUGGACGAGCAGGCAGUGCCAGCAGAGGGAAGCAGGGACCACGCGCGAGUCGUUCACCGCAUUGCUGGAGGAGGGUGUCGACAACGCCGCCACGGAGCUUGUGGACUUGGAUUUCGGAUUGUGCAGCGGGAGUGGUGCAAGUGGUCCGAUCCACGGCGGAGGGGUGGUGGGAUCGCCAACGUUGGGAGGAGGAUCGUCCCGUGUCGGUGGGCCAACGAAUGGGUGUCGUCCACCGGUCCCGAGUUCCAUGGGCGCCGGGCCACUUGGCGAGUCGUCAAGGGCAGUGACACCCAUCCGCCCGUCGGUGUCUUCGCCUAUAAUGCGGCUUCGUGUGGGGAGCGACGUGGAUGCGGACGACAGUCGUCGGGCAAGUGGGGACGAGUCUCCGGAUUCCCGUUAUGAAGAGGACGCGGAAGACGGUGAGGGGCUGGAGAUCCGACCCGUGGCUGCGCGUGGUGGACGGAGGGGAGGACGCGGACGUCAGCAGAGGGGCGAGUCGCGUGGUGGCCGAGGAUCGAGGGCUCUUGUGGGCGACAAGGGUGGCAAGCACCCAGCUUGGAGUGUGGAGGAGAUGUUGAAGCUCGCUCGAGCGAAGCGGGAUCAGCAAGCUCAUUUCGAGGGAAUGCCACACAACUACGGCCGCAUGCGCAACAGGGAGUGGAAGCUGCUGGACCUGCAGAAACGGUUGGCGGAGGUCGGAGUGGACAGGACAACGGACGACAUAGGGAAGAAGUGGGACAACGUCUUCCAGCAGUACAAGAAGGUGCAGCGUUACCAGAACAUGUCCGGCGGGAAGAACUUCUUCACAUUAACUCCUGCAACGAGAGCGGACGAGGGUUUCAACUUCCGAAUGGAUGAGCGAGUCUUUAAUGAGAUCGACAACAUGUCGAAAAAUAACAAGACCAUCUACCCGGACAACGUGGCAGACACGAGCGCACGCGGAGGAGUGCCGCCAGCAAUGGAUGGUUACCGCCAGGCGGCCGUUGGUGGAGAGUCCUCUGCUGGUGGAGAGGGGGGUGAUGGCGUUGACGAAGAUGUGGGUUCAGCGUGGGAGACGGUGUUCAGUGCAGGGAGCACGGGCACUCCAGCGAAGAGGAAGAACAUGCGGCAGCAGACCUUCGACGCCAUCGCCGAAGUCAUGGACAAACACGGUUCAUUGAUGGCGGACACGGUAGAGGGUGCGAGCAAACGGCAGUGUAGCAUCCUGGAGUGGCAGUGUGACAUCCUCGACCGGGAGGUUGAAGCCCAGAAGCGCCAGUGUGACAUACUGGAGAGGCAUUACACGACGUCCGAUGAGGCGAACAAGAUGAUGUGCACGACGUUGAUGGAGAUUGCCAGAGCGAUAAGGGAUAGAUCUUGACGCCGGUGGCAUGAGGUUUGUCAAGCCGUUGAAGU